CGCCCAGCUGGCGGGAGGGCGGGCCGCGGCGGCUGUGGCGGCGGCGGCGGCGGCGGCGGCGGAACAGCGGCCACAGAGUCUGCAACAGUAACCGAGCCAUGGCUGGAGCUGGCCAGCGGUGCGGGCAGGCAGCAGCCGCGGAAGGCGCGCGGGCUGCGUCAGGGGAGCCGGGGGCUUCACAAUUCUAAGAAGGAGAGGGGUGAGAGGGGGCCGGGGCGGGUGGGCUGGGGGCACUGAGCUCGCCCAACUGCGCGGAUCCUUUUUGGAAAUUAAUAUUUUUUUAAAAAAAUAAAAAAAACCGCGGAGGACGCAGAGGGGAAGGUGGGGGCAAGAGGGACGGCGAGACUCACUGAGAGGGAAACAGCCCCACAGUGAGAGGAAAGAAGGAAGGCAACAGUCGCUAGCAGCCGAUGUGAAGACCGGACUGCGUGCCCCUUCGCCGCCUCUGCCCGGCCUCAUCGAUGUUGUGUCCGCAGCCCGCUCGCCGGGAUCACGAUGAACGCGCAGCUGACCAUGGAGGCGAUCGGGGAGCUGCACGGGGUGAGCCAUGAGCCGGUGCCUGCCCCAGCCGACUUGCUGGGCGGUAGCCCCCACGCGCGAAGCUCUGUGGCGCACCGUGGCAGCCACCUGCCCCCCGCGCACCCACGCUCCAUGGGCAUGGCGUCCUUGCUGGACGGCGGCGGCGGCAGCGGCGAUUACCACCACCACCAUCGGGCCCCCGAGCACAGCCUGGCCGGCCCCCUGCACCCCACCAUGACCAUGGCCUGCGAGACUCCCCCAGGUAUGAGCAUGCCCACCACCUACACCACCUUAACCCCUCUGCAGCCGCUGCCGCCCAUCUCCACCGUCUCGGACAAGUUCCCCCACCAUCACCACCAUCACCAUCAUCACCACCACCCGCACCACCACCAGCGCCUGGCAGGCAACGUGAGCGGUAGCUUCACGCUCAUGCGGGACGAGCGCGGGCUGGCCUCCAUGAAUAACCUCUAUACCCCCUACCACAAGGACGUGGCCGGCAUGGGUCAGAGCCUCUCGCCCCUCUCUGGGUCUGGUCUGGGUGGCAUCCACAACUCCCAGCAAGGGCUCCCGCACUAUGCCCACCCAGGCGCCGCCAUGCCCACCGACAAGAUGCUCACCCCCAACGGCUUCGAAGCCCACCACCCGGCCAUGCUCGGCCGUCACGGGGAGCAGCACCUCACGCCCACCUCGGCCGGCAUGGUUCCCAUCAACGGCCUUCCUCCACACCACCCCCACGCCCACCUGAACGCCCAGGGCCACGGGCAACUCUUGGGCACCGCCCGGGAGCCCAACCCUUCGGUAACCGGUGCGCAGGUCAGCAAUGGAAGUAAUUCAGGGCAAAUGGAAGAGAUCAAUACCAAAGAGGUGGCGCAGCGUAUCACCACCGAGCUCAAGCGCUACAGCAUCCCACAGGCCAUCUUCGCGCAGAGGGUGCUCUGCCGCUCCCAAGGGACCCUCUCAGACCUGCUGCGCAACCCCAAACCCUGGAGCAAACUCAAGUCUGGCCGUGAGACCUUUCGGAGAAUGUGGAAGUGGCUGCAGGAGCCGGAGUUCCAGCGCAUGUCUGCGCUCCGCUUAGCAGCAUGCAAAAGGAAAGAGCAAGAACAUGGGAAGGAUAGAGGCAACACCCCCAAAAAGCCCAGGUUGGUCUUCACAGAUGUCCAGCGUCGAACUCUACAUGCAAUAUUCAAGGAAAAUAAACGUCCAUCCAAAGAAUUGCAAAUCACCAUUUCCCAGCAGCUGGGGUUGGAGCUGAGCACCGUCAGCAACUUCUUCAUGAAUGCGAGGAGGAGGAGUCUGGACAAGUGGCAGGACGAGGGCAGCUCCAAUUCAGGCAACUCAUCUUCUUCAUCAAGCACUUGUACCAAAGCAUGAAGGAAUAACCACAAACUGAAACCUCGGUGGAAAAGCUUUAAAUAAAGAAAAAAAUUUUUAAAGACCAGGACCUCAAGAUAGCAGGUUUAUACUUAGAAAUAUUUGAAGAAAAAAAAAAAGUGUUAUUUAUAGUCCAAAGAAACCAAAGACUUAGCUCACUGCAUUCUGACUUUGUUCGGAGACACACACUUCGGCCAGGCGAUGACUUGGCAAGAAAAAUUAUGAGCGGGAAAACACCACUGGAUCGUACACCUUCAGUCCAUGAUCAUCCUCGCUGUGCUUGGCUGUUUCGUGGUUUGGAGCAUAGUGAUUUUGAGCCAUUGAGUGGACAUCUUUAAGAUCAGACGUUCUCAUCUGUUCCACCGCGCCAUGAAGGUGUUAUGGUGUCUCUGUACUGUGUAUGGGUCUGUGCGUGAAUAUACAUAUACACCCACCCACACACACACCACCACCACCACCACCACCACCACCACCACCACCACCACCAGUGGUUAGGAACUUAGGCAGGGCUGGUCUUCAGGAAGGGUUGUGCUGUAGGAGUGCAACCAGCAUAGUGUGGGGUUGUCUGAGUUCAUUGGAUUAGGAGUGUGAUUUUGCUCGUCUAGCCUAGCGUUUGAACCUGCCAGGUCUGCAACCUAAAUGCAGAUUCAAACCCAGCAAAGAAAUUUGAAUGACACCUAAACCAGUGCAUUCUCUUUGUUUGUUAAGGAAUGUUCAGAUAUUUUGUAAGAAAUGAAACAAGAGUCCAUCCAUGAAAAAAGAAAAUCAUCUAGGUACCAAAGAACACACUUAAUAUUAUAGUGCAGGUAUUUUAUUGCAAUGAUUUUAAUAACCAAAGCUAUUUUUACACAAGAUACUAUGUAAAGUUAUACAUAUGAACUGAUCUAGCUGUAAUCCACAUGCCACGUAGAAUCACAACUAUUAUUUAUGACUCUUGAAGCAUUUGAAAUAUUAGUUUUCAGAACUGGCAAGAAAGAAUGUAGCUUCAGGGAAGCAAUUAAUAUCACAACGGAGAGGUCCAUGCAGGAUACAUGUUCAUCCAGAUGGCACACUCCCUUUUGGGACACAUAAAUGUCACUUAAGUAGACAUGUAGACAUAAUUUCAUAAUCUGUUCAUAGCUGAGAAAACCUGGGGAUUCUCCCAAAGCAGGACUCAUUUGUAAACUUAGAAAACUAAAUUUAACAGGACAGUUAACCAAAUUAGAAAAUGUGUUCAAAGUCAUGAUUUUGAGUUAAAGGCCACUGAAUAAAGGACCUCCUACUGAGGUUAAUUUGACUUAUAUUUACUUUGAGCAUUUGACACCAAAUACCUCUUUAAAAUAUAAAUACACAAAAUAAGCAGACCAACAUUAUUAUUAAAAUGAACUAUCCAGUAUUUAUAAUCAUCUUGAAAAUACAAUCAAACUGAUUUAAUUGCCAAUCCUAGACAUUUUGUAACAUGGACAUGAAUAAAAAUAGCAGGUGUAACCGAGAAAUUGUAGAACUGCUUAGAAAAAGCAAGAGUUCUAGUGGAAAACAAGACCUUGGGGAGUUCCUGUCAUGGUGCAGCGGAAACAAAUCCAACUAGGAACCAAGAGGUUAUGGGUUUGAUCCCUGGCUUCACUCAGUGGGUUAAGGAUCUGGCAUUGCCUUGAGCUGUGGUGUAGGUUGCAGAUGCGGCUCAGAUCCCCACGUUGCUGGGCUGUGGUGUAGGCUGGUGGCUACAGCUCCAAUUCGACCGCUACCCUGGGAACCUUCUUAUGCUGUGGGUGGGGCCCUAAAAGGCAAAAAAAGGAAAGAAAGAAAGACAGACAGACAGAAAGACAGACCAGCCUUGGGUUCCAUAGGUAUUAAGCUAUUUAUUUUACUAAGCAUAGCCUCCAAAGCAUACUACAUUCUUUCUUGCUACUACAUUAAGCUGGAAAUUCUAUAAUUCCACUCGCUGAAAGGGACAGAUAAAAACUAGACCUGAACUUCCAAAUGAAAAUUUUAAAUUUCUACUUUUCCAAAUCAUUUAACCAGGGCUCUAGAAAUCAAGGCAAAAAAAAAAAAUAAUAUGGUUGUACUGAUAGUACCCAAGUGAAUAACUUGAUUCCCAGAAAAAUUCUCUCUGGAUUCAAUUGAACUGUAACUCAUGUAGGUGGAUGCCUUUUGUACUAGUAGGUAAAGAACUGGGUACACUUCAUCACCACACCUAACUAGAAAUCUAAAAUUCAAUGGUAUCUCAACAAUAAGUUGUUUGUUGAGAUUCCUUAAAAUGCUAGAGAAAAAAUUAAACUAUUUUGACACAAGACCUAACUCCUUAGGAUCAAAUCUCAGCAUCCUGUCCAGGACUCAAAGAGGCAGGCAUCUGGGAAGAUCAGGCUAACCUGGCAAACCACCUGUCUCCUUCAUGUCUGCUGUGGAAUGAGAAAAGGAAACCAAGACCUACUCCUCGUUUGAUGAAAUGGGCAUUUGCCUUGAUAUAUUUUGUCUUAGUAUUUCUUUUCAUCUCACCCCAAAUUCCAGCUUUAAAUUUUCCCUUCUAAAUAUGGCACAAUUAUAGUUCAGCUAUUAAAAGAGACCAUUUAAAUGGCCACCCUUCGAGAUUUGCUAAAAGUGUAAUCUUGUCAAUGACAUAAACGAGAAGGAAAAAACUGAUGAACUUUUUCUCUCUCUCUCCAGGAAAGGAGGGGGCUGAAGUACAACUAUAUAAUGUAUUGAUAAUUUAGGAGGGAGGAAAGCCUUACUUAUUUGAAACAUGAGAAUUUUAAAUGCAGGGAAAUUCAAGCUGUGUCUACACACAAUCUUACCAAAUUCAAUACCCCAGGAAAAACAAAAGUUGAAUCUAGACAACCAUAUCUUUUGCUUUGUAUUUCCUGUAUAGCCCCAGCAGAGUGAUCCAACUGUGACUUAUAUUUUCAACCAAUUAUUUUGGUACUGUGUAGACACAGUCUCAAAAACUAUUACUACGAUUUAAUAUUCCUACCAUAAUGAUUUUUUGAAAAAAUAACCAGUGAUCCUAUUUGCUAACACCAAAGAUAAGUUUCAUACCAGCAUUGAAUUUGCACCCAUUAUGCAAUUUCAGGGCCUAGAGAUAUAUUUUCUCAUUAACAGAUGCACAAAUCAGAGCCUGAAAAGCAAUUUUUUUACUUGACUGUUUAACUCACAACCUUUGCUUUUUAGAAAUCCUAAUGGACAAACUCAGCUUCUCACAAGCAAUACGUGUUAUUACAUAAUGUAGGACUGAUUUUUUUAUUGCUUCUGCUUUGACACAUAAAAUGCUUCCAUUCUUGUGUAGUUUAGCAUUAAUUUAUGGCUCAGGUUUCUUAACCUACCACACUCAACAGAGCAGACCCGUGCCAUUUGUCCAUCCAUCAUUUCUCAAUUCUUUAGCAAAAUUCACCUGAAAAGAUAUCUCACUCUUCUCCUUGUAUGCUUGUUUAUUCCCAAACUUCAAAUAAUGUGUUUUGUUUUUCCUUUGUUUGUUUUUUUGAUAGAAUGGAAGUUAGAUUGUUUGGGGUCAUAAGUCAUUCAGGUCCUCUCGUGACUGGAAGCUUCCCUGAAAGGGGGCCAAGAGAAAGACUGGGAAGUGUGAUGUCUGGACACCCUCAAAGCCCAGACAUCAUUAAUUGUUCAGGUAAAAGAAUUCUGCAUGUCAGGACCUGAGUAUUGCAGUCCCUGGAUGCAGCUGGAAUAGAUGCCCCCGAACCAAAGAAAAUGUGUGGGGAAAUUUAGAAGUUCUAACUGAAUAUGUCAUUCACUCUGCCCCCCAAAAGCAUACUUAAUUUUCCAAGAAAAUAAGUCAAAGUCCUAUGCUACUUUUGGACUCAUGCCACUCCCAUUGCUACCCCAGGCGAACGACCGGUCUUUGCAGGUUAAAUGCAAACUUUGCUAUACCAAAGAGUCCUAGGACAUUUUCACACAAGCUAUAAAGGUAUUUUCCCUAAGAAAGGUCCUCCCUUCUUUGUACAUAAAGGAUGAAAACUAUGCAUUUAGCAAACAAAGAGAAAGCACUUCUCCCUUUCCUAUCUAGUUGUUUAGGGUGCAUUCAAACACCAGAGGCUCUUUUGAGAUGCGAUUGGCCUUCUGGAUUACUCUUGUGGUGUGGUUAGAUUUACAGUACAUUCGGUAACUAUUUCCUAAAUAGUAAGGACAAAGGAGCAGAAGGUAAGAAAUAGCUACUUCCAAGUGUAAAAAAAAAAAAAAAAAAAAAAAAAAAAAAAAAAAAAAAAAAAAAGUGUAAAGAUCUACUAUUUAUAGUGUGAACCAAAGACGCUACCUCACUCGAUUUCCAUUGGUGAUUUUAAUCACAUUGAUGAUACCAAAGAAUACCAAAGAUAUUUUCAUGCACGGCCUUGGUCUGCAGAGGGAACUCUACCCCAUCCCCUCUCCCACCUCCUCUCUCCUCCUCACUCUUCACUCAGUGUAUAAACUUGUCUUCAUUCUUAAUAAUAAUGAUACGAUAAUGAUAACAACAUUAGGAAAUACUACUCUUAUUACUGCUAGUUCUACUUGUAAAUCUCUAGGCAAACAUGUUGCAAACUUUGUAAACUCCUAGGACGAGUGCCUUGCUUGAACCAAAGUGUUAAACCGCUGUUGACCUCUCUCACCUUAUACUCUUUGAAUACCUCAGCCUCUUAGAAAGGCCACUAAUGAAAAAAAAAAAAAGGAAUAAUUAUUCACCGUGGUGCUUUUUCCGUGCAACCAUGCAAUGAAACUUUCUUUGAUACCAAAGGAUGACUUCUUUUUCCCAAUUUCUUGCUGAUAAACCAAAGCUCCUUUUCCUGUUCCCUCUCAAAUUCCCCCCCACUUCACCGAGUCCCUUCACCAGGCAGGCCGUGCAUCACUUUUACCAAUUCCUCCAAAUACCUCAUAGUAAUAAAGUUUUAGGGUUAUGUUGUAUAGAGAGUCUAUGUGAUAAGGCAGAACUUACUAGUUUGAUAAUUGUUAAGGUUACUUUUGAAAAAAAAACUUUAUAAUUCUUAUUUAUUUUGUAGUUUGUAUGUUUGGGAUGUCCCCACCCCCACCCCCACUUCAGUUUGGGGUUUAUUUUCUUGGCAGAACUGCUCUGUUGCUCAAGGAAGACUUCAUUUCUGGAAAUGUUCCCCAGGUGGGUUAAGAGUUGUGUAAAAAAUGCAAGAAUGAAAUAAGAAAUGAUUUUCGUUUUGAUGGUUGCUUAUGAAGUUUUUGUGUUUCAUAGUAAAUUUGUUUCCACAGGGUAAAAAAAGUAUAUAUAAUCUCUUUUUUGUGAAACUGGUUCCUAUUUUUCUCUAUAAUGUGCUGUGAUUUUUUUCUUAAUUUAAAUUACAUUUUAUAUGAGCUUAUUUAAUCACUGUGUUAAUUUAUGACUGUGUAGUUUUUAAAAUGUAUAUAGUAGAAUGGAAAUGGCCAAAGCUUUAUGUUACAAUCUUUUUUGUUUGAUGCUAAGAUAAGCUGAAAGCAAGAACUUCUCUUAACUGCAGGGUGUAUCUUUAGCUUUUCUUAGCAGGCACUUCAGUGUGUGUUGUAAACACUGCCAGGUUCCCCCCCUCAAAAAAUCUGUACAUGCCAAAAUGGGUGUUUCAAGGUAGUCUUUUUUAUCACUUAAAAGAAAGGUAUUAUCCGUGUUCUUCCUUUAAUUUAUUAAGUUUUUUUUUAAAGAUUAUUUUGCAGGUUAGACCUGAAAUUCCAAAGAAUUUGUCUUGUUUCAUGUUUCAAAGCACCGGCAUUUGUGAGAUACUUUGCUACUUUUUUUUUUAAACCAUUGGCCCGGGCGUGAGAAGUGAAAAAUACAAAAACUCAAUGAGACAAGCUAACUUGAAUUUGGAAAUCCUCUUAAGUUCACCAAGUUUCUGAACUGCUUCAAGGCAGGGCACAGGGCGUGGAGACACAGUUCCUCUGGCAGAACUAAGAGGGUAUCAUGACCUUUACAGAGGAAGUCAAGGCUCAGGGCCAGCUGAAGGGGCUGACCCAGCCCCUGCCUCUCUAGCCUACCCACGGAAGACGCAAAACACAAUGCUGAGUCCUGAUUCACAAUCAAAUUUAAGAAAAUAUUGCAAGACUGUAUAUUCUUCCCCACUUUUUUCUUGUAACCUACUACGCACAAUUACCCCCUCCCCUACCCCAAACACCCUACCUUCUACCCCCUUCCCAACCAGAGUUGGAAGAAUUCUCAAAUUUCAGAGUUCCAGGGGUGAAUGAACUUCAGACCUAUUUUAGUGUGUUUCUUCUCACUCUUUGUCUUCCCAUGAGUUUUCUUGUCCACACUAAAGAUGGUCCCUGCCCCAGGCUGGUAAUCAAGGCUGUUCAGAGACUUGGCCCUGUUUCACAUCAGCGCACAUGUAGAAUUCUCAGCUGACUAGGGCAUCCUCAGAAGACCCGGUGCCCACUCUUUUGUUUUAUUUUGCUAAAAUAAGUUGCUUCAAUUACAUGGCAUAAAUCCAUAGAUGUAAAUAUCUUUUCUCCCAGUACAAGAAUUUUACCUUAUUUUCUUUUGCAGGGGUGUUUGGGGUGGGCAAGGAAAGGGAGGGCUUAGUCUUUUGGGUCAAAUGUUACAUUUUCUUAGAGACUUUUUUAUACUCGCUAUGUAUUUUAAAUAGGGCAAUAAAUCUGGUCUGAGUUGCAGGACCAUUCAGUGCUCUGUGGAAAAGCAUUGAUUAAUUCUUUGUUUUUAAUACAAAUGCUGUGCAGUGAGUUCUAGAAGGCCCAGGAAAACGGUUGAGGGAGGACAUUUACCAUCAGCAAUGAAACGCUGAACAGAGUUGUAUUCACAAUGUUGUGUUUUCUGUUUUCGUGUCAGUCUCGAUUUUUUUUGUGGUAUGUUCUGCAUUUAUUACAUAAUCAUUGUGGGCUCAUUUUACAUUUGCCGUCUGAACCAAGUGACAAGUAUUUUAAAAAAAAAAAAUAAACUUAAAACAUUGUCUUCCACUUGCUUCGGUAGUUGUCUUCAUAUCUCCCUGUGUUUCUUGUCCCUUCUGAAGUCAGCCCAUCUGUCACUCACUGAUACCUGUCCCUUCCCCAUCUUCUAUUUUCAGUACACCUUUGACCUUAGCUGUAGUUUGAGUGUGACUCAGUUUCCCUGUUCAAGUUAGCUUGAUGGUUUAUUAUGUAAGGAGGGUGCCUAAGACAAUCAUCAGGUUAAAAAAAAUAAAUUAAAAAAAAAAAAAAAAAGAUCAGUAGAGUAGAAAAUCUUCCAAGAGCAGAGGGAGUUCUUCCUUAGCAAUGAAAAAAAAAAAAAAAAAAAAAAAAGCUAAAUACAUAAUUAAAUAAUUAAUUUUAAAACCUAACCAUGAGGGGCUUAGAAGAUUUUUGAUAAAAGACAAAUGUUGCUGUCAUUUUCUUUGUCAAUUAGAAAGCAGUGGUAGUUUCUAUGUUGCAUCUACAUUUCAGACUAAAUGAUUAUUGUACCCAGUUAUGGUUGUUUGCUAAUAUUUUGUCUCUCUUUCUCUCUGUCCAAUGCUUCUUCUGUAUUUUUGUGUGUAGCAACAAAAAGUGUAAUGCAUUAGGCAUUAUUCUGGUUUGUUUAUGAGUAUCUCCUGUACUGCAUUAAGGUUUCUUUCUUUUUUUUCAAAGCUUCGCUACUGUUCUCACUUUAUGCCGUGCAAUAUCAUCUGCUGUGUUUGCUAAGCAAAAAAGAAAAAAGAAAAAAAGAAAAAAAGCAAGUGAUGAUGCCAUCAUGCUUUUCAGUGUUAAAAUGUUUCAGCAUUUAUGUAGUCACCAAAAUGUAGUAAAUAAAAUGUUGGAUUUUCCAGCACUUUAAAUUUA